UCAUUCAAAUAUCUGGAUCCCGUGCAAGCAAAUUAAUGACUUGUCAGCCCUCAUGUUUUUGCGUCCCCCUUCAGGCAGAAGAAUCUGGAAUCUUGACAGGGCUGUUAUCCAUAAAAGCUCCAGCAGCAGACAAUUGCACCAACCACUGACCUCCAGGCAGGAACUCAACAGACUCGACCAGCAGUACUCGCCUUCGGACCCUCUCUCUCUCUCACUCACUGCAGGAUGGCAGGUCCUCUCUUGGCAGGCAGGCAUGAGACUCUCCCCGGGCCGAUGCAGGUUGCCCAACAGAGGGUCAAUGAACGAGGCCAGUGGGAGAACAAACUUGAGUUUAUUCUAACUGUGGCUGGCGCAAUUGUUGGACUUGGAAAUAUAUGGAGAUUUCCCUAUCUUUGUUACAAGAACGGUGGGGGUGCGUUCUUCAUCCCGUACAUCCUGUACCUGGUGACCUGUGGCAUCCCUCUGUUCAUCCUGGAGACGGCUCUGGGACAGUACACCAGCCAGGGGGGCAUCACCUGCUGGAGGAAAAUCUGCCCGCUGUUUGAGGGAAUGGGCUAUGCCGCCCAGGUGAUCACUAUAUAUGGAUGUAUGACCUACAUAGUGAUUCUGGUGUGGGCUUUCCUCUACCUGUUCUCAUCCUUCACUGCUGACCUGCCAUGGGCUAACUGCAACAAUGCUUGGAACACAGAUUUUUGUGUGACAUUUGGCACCAAGAAUGCCAGCACCAAUUGGACUGUUCCACUCCUGAAUGUGUCAUCUUCCGUUGUGGAGUUUUGGCACCGGCGAGUGCUGAGAAUGUCAGAUGGAAUUGAGUCAUUGGGAGGCAUUAGAUGGGAGCUGGCUCUGUGUCUUCUGCUGUCCUGGGCCAUCUGCUACUUCUGUAUCUGGAAAGGAGUUAGGUCUACAGGGAAGGCAGCCUACUUCACGGCCACCUUCCCCUAUGUAAUGCUAGCGGUGCUAUUUGUCCGAGGAGUGACCCUUCCAGGAGCUAAAGAUGGCAUAUUCUACUACUUGUAUCCCAAUGUUACACGCCUCGUUGAUCCACAGGUUUGGAUGGAUGCAGGAACCCAGAUAUUCUAUUCUUACGCCAUAUGCCUGGGCUACCUGACCUCUCUUGGAAGCUACAACAAAUACAACAACAACUGCUACAAAGAUUCCUUCUACCUGUGCUUGUUGAACAGUGGGACCAGCUUUGUGUCUGGUUUUGCCAUUUUCUCCAUACUGGGUUAUAUGGCUGGAGAACAGGGUGUGGACAUCUCUGUGGUUGCUGAGUCAGGUCCUGGCCUGGUCUUCAUAGUGUACCCUCAGGCAGUGUCCCUGCUCCCCUGCCCUCAGUUCUGGGCUGUCUGCUUCUUCACCAUGAUCAUCCUGUUGGGAGUAGAUAGCCAGUUUGUCGCCCUUGAGAGCCUUAUGACCUCGGUAACGGACUUCUAUCCCAACCUCAUCAGAAAGGGCUACCGGAGGGAGCUUCUGCUGCUGCUCAUCUGCUGCUGCUGCUACCUGGUCGGUCUCAUCAUGAUCACAGAGGGUGGCCUCUACAUCAUCCAGCUGUUUGAUCAUUAUGUGUGCAGUGGUGCCACUCUGCUGCUCCUCUCCAUAUGCCAGUCACUCAGUAUUGGAUGGAUAUAUGGUGCUGAACGCUUCUGUGACAACAUUGAGGAUAUGAUUGGCUACAGGCCCUCCUCCCUGCUGAAGUACUGUUGGCUCUACAUUACUCCAACUAUUGGCACCGUAACCUUUGUAUUCUCGCUGCUGAAGUACAGCCCUCUGAAGUUCAACAACACCUAUGUGUACCCGUGGUGGGCCUAUGGGCUAGGCUGGAUCCUGGCUAUGUCCUCCCUCUCUCUCAUCCCCAUCACCAUGGUCUACAAACUGUACCAGGCCAAAGGGACUUUCUGGCAGCGCCUCCAGACAGUCUGUCGGCCAGCAGAUGACCUUCCUAUGAUGAAGAAGGAGAUGGCAGGUCUCUAUGCUCUGGACCGUGUUACUGAAGAUGAGAAGACCUACAACAAUAAUCUAUAGACUGACUGGACUGUUCUCCUAUUACUUUUCGGGCUGGUUUCCCAGACCCGAGAUUAAGCCUAGUCCUGGACCAAGUAUUAUUUACCAUGCUUUUCAGUCCAGGCUUAAUCUGUGUCUGGGAAACCGUCCCUUUAUAUUCUAUUAUACUCUAUUUUUGUAACUUUUUUAGUAAGGAUUUUGGUUUUUGUGGGUUUAAUACAGUUGAAGCUGGUCAGAGUUGUGCUUGAGGUAUUGGUAUUGUGUUUGGAUUGCAGUAUAGUUCAUAUUUUUGUAUUUUGUAUUAACUGAACAUUUGUAGCAUAAUGUGUAAAAUCAUAGCAAAAUAUUUUUCUUAUAUGAUUCAAAUAAUUAGUUGUAGACCAUUCAUAAAUAAGAUAUACCUAGAACACCUAAACAUUUUUGACCAGUUUCCCAGACUAAGCCUCCUCCUAUGCUAAAAAGCACUUUCAAUGGCAAAUCUUCAUUGAGCAUGCUUUUUAGUCCAAGUCUAGGCUUAAUCUGUAUGUAUACACUCUGUAUACAAUAGGUAAUCAAUCCAAGACAUUGACGUUUACCUUUUUAUUUUACUGGGGAAAUGAACAUUACACCCUGUACUUUACUGACUUUAUUGUCCUCAUGGGGAAAUUUUGUUGCAGUGUCAUGUACACGUUUAAUGAACUCUUUGUAAUUAACUAUUCUUAUUUGAAGAACCAAAAUGACCAGCCUCAGGAUCGAAUUAUUAACAAUAGUGUAAUAAACCCCUGUGCACAAGG